AUGAGUUACGAUCCAAUUCACGAUACGUAUACGCCGUCAAAAGCACCGAGUGUGAAUAUGCAGCAGUCUCCAUCCAAAAAUUUGUCAAAAGAGCCGGAAGCUCGUCCUGCUCCAUUAUCGAUAUCGAGUUUAGUAUCGGAAGAAGCCAACGAUACAAACACCACCAAUGAUGAGCAGCCAAGUACAAUUCCAACGACGAUGACUAUGGCGGCUCCUCCGACUCAAACUGCCCAUUCUAUAGCGCAGCUUGUAGGUACACCCACGCCAGAAGUCUUUGACAACGAUGGUGACGACGACUACGAUGACACAGAUAUCAAUUCCACCAUACUCGGUGAUGAUGAAGACUAUAUUGCGCCAACUGGAGGCGGCGCUGCCUCGAACAAGGCCAGUAGUGGUAAGAAGAAGUUGGCAUCAAGGAGAAAGAAAAAGAGCAACAUUGCUAAUUCCAAGUUGUCUUUGAAAAAGGCUGACGGAGAACCUUUUUGGCGAAAAGAUAUUCAAUAUGACUUAUUGGAGGCAAUUUUUGAAGAUAAAACAGCUUGCUUCACCAACAAUUAUCCUGAGCUGCCAAUAAAGGGUGCAAAUAACAAUCCAAAAGUUACGUUUGCGGAAUUGUAUGUUCGCACAUUAGCAGAGUCAAGUAAAAGUUCAAAAGUUUUGAGAGAAAAGCUUCUCAAGGACUUUGAAUUGGGCAAAGCCGUUUCAAAAGUGUCUCUAUUGGUGAAUGUUGGUCGCAUGAAUACCACUAUUAAUUUUGUGCAUGAUAUGAAGUCCACCUUGCGAACUUAUCAUUCUAUUCCGUCAUUACAAACCGGUCCUGGUGCAGGUACUAUUCACCAGCUUCAGGAUACCCCGCGCUUGAAGUCGAUAAUAAAAGCAGUUUGCGACGAAGACAAGAAUAAGGUAAAUAACCUCCUGGAGUUGAUGAGCUCGCCAGCUGCAAAUAAACCGAAUACCAACAUCGUACAAGUGUUGUUCUUGUUGGGAAAUGCAAACAGUGGCAUCCCGUUUUUGUAUGAUUCCAAUUUCCAUUUGUUGGACUUUUUCGUUAAUACAAAAGUUGAUCCCAAAGUACGAGCUAGGAAGUUUCUUUGGUUGGUAUAUACGUUUUUGGAAACAAGCUUUACCCCAGCAGAUUUAGAAUUGAAUCCAUUUGGCGGUAGUAAAAUCCCUGAUGAUGUAUUGAUACCUGAGUCUGAGCUUGACAACUUUGACAAAGACACUGAUUACGAAAUUGAGUAUGCAGAUGAGAUGUACAAGGCGCGCAUGCAAUACUUGAGCGAAGACCAUACGAAUGAUGCACACCAUCGUUCCCAGGAUAAACUUGGCAAUAAAUCAGGCGCGGAUAAAAAGCACACCAAUUCCAAAAAGCGCGCGGGUGGAGAAAACGAGGAAGGAGGGUGUAACAGCGAAUUAGAAGAGGGAGAUGGUGGCAAAAGAAAGGAAGACAAGCAUCAUCAUCAUCAUCAUCAUCAUCAACAACAACAACAACAACAACAACAACAACAACAACAACAACAACUACAACAACUACAACAACAACCUUCUAAGAAAAAAGCGAAAAAGAAUUAUACUAGUACAUUGUCACCGAUGUCUAAAAAUGUAUUAAGCUUUGCAGUUACGCCUAAACAUACGGCACCAGUAUUAAGCCACCUGGAAGAAGGGGAAGUUUCGAGUUUUGGUGGAUACGAUUUACAAUUUCCACUCGAGGGUUUAUCGGAACUUGUAGGGUAUUUUGAAAGACCCUCAUUUAUACCAGUAGAGCCUUUGGAAACGGAGUCUAUUGCACAUAAAUGCGAUCUUGUAGAGCUUUCGAAGCCCAUGGUUCACGAAGUUCGAACCUCAUCAAAAGCAAGUACAGCAUCAUUCAACAAAAAGAUAACCAUUCUUGGCAAUUGGAUAUAUCGAUAUUUCAAAUACAAGAAAUCAAUAGGAAACAAGCUAGUGGGGUUGGAGUGGGAAGAUAUACGGCGCGAGAUGAUUAGUGGAGUAGAAAAGUAUGCAUAUGAGAGUUUUGGCAAAUCAUUGAAUUUUGUUAGAACAAGUAGUGAAGCUGAAGAAGAUAUGGAUGCAAGUGUGGCACCCAAUGUGGAAGAAGUGUUUUUCAACUACAUUUCCCUGGGAGACUAUGACAAGGCAAAUGAGAAGAAGUCGUUUAUUCUACAGCUUCUAACGUUUGCUAAUGAGUUAUUUGUGCAAUUGUUAGAAAAGAAAUUGCAGAAAGGAGCAAGGAACUGCAAAUUGACAUUUGACCUUGAAAAUGAGAAGGUGGAAUUCUCUUCAAUAUAG